CUUAGGUAUAUUUUUGUUGUUUUGGUUUGGUUGGUAUUUCUAACUUUGACUUUAUGUAUCUUCCAUAUACAAAUCCAUUUACUAUUAACAACUUUGUUGUUAUUUCCUGUUACUUUAUAGUGUAAAUGACGUUUCCUCAGUUUUUUCAACAAUGCUGUUGUAAGUUGGAGAUCUUUGAAAGGCAAUUAACACGGGACUUGUUCUAUGGAGCUAUCCCUAUAGUGUAUUGAAAGGUAUUUGAACCCUUUUCUUAUUGAAAGUAUAAAGGAAGGGAAUAACAUUCUCUGAAUUUUGUGUAUCAGACAGAAAAUCAUUCACAUGCUGAUAUUGUUUAUGUCCUGUGACUAACCUGUCAAAUUCAACACUCACAUGCUGCGGCUAUAUAUAUUAUAUAUAUGUAGGACAUAAUUUCAUAUACUUCUCAGUUCUCACAUGACCUUAUCCCUUGCUAAAUUCCAUGGCCAACAUUAUCUGCUUCCAUUUAUUCCUUUUUGUUCUGUGUAUGUUCUUAUUUCAAACACCAAUUGAAGCUUACAACACAGGGUUCAGUUUUAAACUAAUCCAUAAGAACUCACCCAAUUCUCCCUUCUACAAAUUGGAUAAAUACCAUAGAAACAAACCUCGCUCAUUUUACCAAGGACCUAGGAAAUCACUUGUCCAGAAAGGUCCUCACACUAGAGUGACAUCCAACAAUGGUGACUAUCUCAUGAAGGUCACAUUGGGAUCACCACCGGUGGACAUAUAUGGUUUGGUUGACACUGGAAGUGACCUAGUGUGGGCACAAUGCGCACCUUGUCGCGGAUGUUAUCAGCAGAAAAGUCCGAUGUUCGAGCCACUAAGGUCCAAAACUUAUAGUCCUAUUCCAUGUGAUUCAGAGCAGUGUUCAUUCUUUGGUUACUCCUGCUCUCCUCAAAAGAUAUGUGCUUAUAGUUAUAGUUAUGCAGAUUCAUCAGUAACAAAUGGGGUGCUUGCAAGGGAAACAAUCACCUUUGGUUCUACAGACGACAACCCUGUUGUUGUCGGAGACAUUAUAUUCGGGUGCGGACACAGCAACUCAGGAACUUUCAAUGAAAACGAUAUGGGAAUCAUUGGAAUGGGUGGAGGGCCUCUGUCACUUGUUUCACAAAUCGGCACACUUUAUGGGAGCAAGAGAUUCUCCCAGUGCCUGGUUCCUUUCCAUACAGAUACACACACUUCAGGAUCAAUCAGUUUUGGUGAAGACAGUGAUGUUUCAGGUGAAGGAGUAGUUACAACUCCUUUGGUCUCUGAGGAAGGUCAAACUUCUUAUUUAGUCACACUCGAAGGCAUAAGUGUUGGAGACACAUUUAUUACAUUUAAUUCUUCCGAGACACUUUCCAAGGGGAAUAUAAUGAUUGAUUCAGGUACACCAGCAACAUAUAUACCACAAGAAUUUUAUGGCCGUUUGGUAGAGGAACUGAAAGUACAGAGUAACCUGAUACCAAUUGACGAUGACCCGGAUUUAGGCACACAACUUUGUUACAGACAUGAGACAAAUUUAGAAGGGCCAAUCUUGACCGCUCAUUUUGAGGGGGCAGAUGUGCAAUUGAUGCCAAUACAAACCUUCAUUCCACCGAAAGAUGGGGUAUUUUGCUUUGCAAUGGCAGGCACUACUGAUGGAGAGUAUAUAUUUGGCAAUUUUGCUCAAUCUAACAUUUUGAUUGGAUUUGAUUUAGACAGAAAGACCGUCUCUUUUAAACCAACUGAUUGCACCAAUCAGUAGAUAUAAUUUUAAUGUAAUUUUUAGUGUUACUGAUAUCUAUAAUUUGUGGUUAGGGUUGGUUGGGAUCAAGAGAAAUAUCAGAAAUAUAAAAUUGUGCACAAAAAAUUAUAUGUACUUUUAUUGAAGCCACAUCUUAUGUCAUAAAUGACUGUCUUAAUUUGAAGUCUAAUCCUUUUUUCCUAACUUGGAUAAA